AUGGCGGAUGAAAAAGAACCUGAAAUGGAGGAAGAUUUAUCAACGUUACUAGACAGUGCGCUUGCAGAUUUUAGUAAGCCAAAAAAUACUGAUGAUGAACUGGAUUCACUGAUGGCAAAAAUGGAUGCUGAAGCAAUGGAAAAAGCUGCACAAAAUUUUGACAAGUCAAUACAAAAAAAGAAACAAAAUUUUGCUGCAUAUUCAGAUACUGCUAACCUCGACAAGGUAAAUCCUUUAAAUUACUGUUGGUUUUUAUUUAUUCUGCUUAUCUCCAAUGAUCCUACUUGGCUGUCUGUUAUGGAACUCGCCAAAACAUUAUUUGCAAAGGAUUUUAUGUAUGCACCUGUGAAGCAGAUACACGUAGCACAAUUCUAUUUUUACAGGUAUAUGGCUGGUCAUCCGAAACUUGAAGAUGAAGUGAAACAGAAUUAUGAGAAACAGAUCGACAUUUUAUCUCGUAUUUGUAAGGUUUACGAGGAGGACCAAGGCGAUGAUGAAAGUUUUUGCAAGAUAUGUAAUUUAAUAAUGGAAUUCCAGUCUUACGGUUAUCCACCUGAUGAAAUUGUGGGUGCCAUGCCACCCGGCUGGUCAAUAGAUCAACUUUCCGGAGUACCUCGUGUUGAUGACAUAUCAAAAGCGGCAGAUGCAUGUAGUUUAAUGUAA